UAGAGCAGGUGUCAUCAACCUCAGCACGGCGACCGCGCCUUGACACAGUCGGUACCCCGUGGGAUCAACAAGAACGAGAGGCGCUCAACACUUCACAACCUCCAUCCAGACGAAAUCGUACCGAGACAUUUCCGCACACAUGGAGAACUCAAGAGAACGAAGCAUACCACGCCUCGAGGGAUUCCACAACGCUGCUGGGCUCCAUCGACUCGAUGGCGACCGCAGAGCCCGAGCAGGCAUCCGUGAGGUCAGACUUGAAGCAAGGAUCGGCCAUCGUCACCUGUAUCUGUACACCGUGGCUCGAGUGCCUGCGUGUCAGUGAGGAAUCGUCCAGCGUGCUGAGUCUCCGCUCGACUGAACUCAUUGGCCACAACCUCUUCGAAAUGGUUCAUCCGGCGGAUGCAGAACGGCUGCAUAGCCUCGUUGACCGACUACAUAUAAAAACCGGCUCGUCCGCAUCCAUCCUUCAUCCACUCACCAUCGAGCACCUCUCGCCUACGUUGCUAGUCCGACCCUCUUUAACGAGCCCAUUUGUGUACGACACGAUGCGAAUUCGUCGCAAGCAUGCACAGAGUUUUGACCUAUUUUCCAUACGUCUUCACGUCGGAGGAGCCUUCUCUGGGGAGGGAGGUCCCUACAUCGUAGCCAGCAUUGUCGCGAUAGGCAGGGGAGCGACUCAUCCGUCGCCGAGCCAGCUUUCAAGUACCUUCAUCGAUCUCAGCGAUGACCCAAGAUACUUCUCCACAAAGCACAUCCUCCGCUCAGCCCCUUAAUGACGGUACCUUUUACGACAGCAAGGAUUUCCACUGUAUAUUAUGUACCACCGAAUUUCUCUACGAAGACACUGUAUCGUACUGUACCUUUGCGUAGAUGCAACAGUGAUCACUACCUGC